AUGGACGUGGAUAAUAUGCACGCCAAUCCGACUGUCUUCGAUUUACAAAAGUUAGAGAAAUACACUAGGAACAGUCGUAAGUUAUCGAUUUGUAAGUGAUUUGAGAAAACUUUGUUUCCAGCCGGUUUUUGAGUUUACUUUUGAAAUUUUGAAAUGUAAAGAAAGCUUUUGCAGUUUUUAGUAUGGAGAAUAUUUUUUUUGUUGAUCAGAUAAAUUUAUUUUUUUUUAAUAAAAAGAAUUUAUAAUGGUUUUUUUGUUACACGAAAUGUCACAAAAAAUAUUGGAAAAUGUGACAAAGUGUCAAAAAGAUAAAUUGACAUUUUGAUGCUUUUUAAAUAGAAAAAUUAAGUUUUUACAUUAUAAAACUUCAAAAAUUUUUUUGUUUUUUUGACACUUCAUUUUAGUUUCCAAUACUUUUUGUGACAGUUUGUUCAAUAUUGAGACAUACCCAAAAAUUAAUACGACAGUUCAAAAACUAAUGUUAAAAUAACUUUGAAAUUGGCUUUAAACUAUUUUACUGUCUUUUUUUACUGUUUACUGUACGCACAACUUCACAAUAACAAUAUAUUUUCAGCCAACGCAGAUAUCCCGGUAUUCCACUUGGUGCUGGUGAUUGUGUCAGUCCUAUUGAUAUGUUGUUCCAUCUUCACAGCCAUUGGUAUCUAUUUACGUGUGUUGCACUUGAGCCGACGACAUAAGCGAAAGCGACGAAAUGUUGAGGAUGGUAACAAGACCGUACAAGCUGCUCAGCCUUUAAGAGUCAAUGUAGAGGAAUGUUGA